AAGUUUUCUAAAUUUAGUAUGAAUGUAGAUAACUUCGACCUUUCCAUAACGGAGGCAUUCAUUUACUUGUCAGCAACAUGAGCCUUUCGUUAAAUAUUCUUUAUUUUUAGUGUAAAACUGCAGUUGUUAUUGAUUUUUCCAAUCGCAGCUGUUCGAAAAGCGCCAACAACAAGAGCAGAGCAGAAGCAGAAGCAGUGCAUCAGCUCUGCAGCAGAGAGCAUCAGCUGUCGACCGACUGCAAGAGUGUGUGAGAGUUCCGAAGCGUCACAGCGACGCGUGGUCCAACCCAUCGAAAGCAGUGAUAAAAUUGUUUGCCAAUACGAAUUUUUGCUUAGUACAAAGCGCCGGCAGCAGAAGCAUCCGCAGCAGCCAUUGGGAACUAAAUCUGUGGCCAGCAGGAAAGCUGAACAGGAGCGGCGGAACCAUGGCUAUCCGCAAGUUCUUGCGAAGCAAACUCUCCCAGUUCAAGAUGAAGACGAAUCGUCUGGUGUUGCUGCGACACGGUGAGAGCGAGUUCAAUCUGGAGAACAAAUUCUGCGGCUGGCACGAUGCGCCACUCACUGAAAACGGUGAACGAGAGGCCUGCAUGGUGGCCAGUCCAGCGCUCCUCCAGUCGAAACUGGAUUUCGAUGUGGUCUACACUUCGGUGUUGGACCGCUCCAAAAAGUCCGCCGAGCUAAUACUGAGCAAUAUGAACCGCGCCUAUGUGCCGACGAAGGCCGACUGGCGUCUGUGCGAGCGGCACUAUGGGAAUCUGACGGGCUUCAGGAAGCGCGAGAUCGCGAAUAUCUAUGGCGAGGAUCAGGUGCAGGCCUGGCGACGCGGCUACGACGACGUCCCACCGGAAAUUAAUACGGAAAAUCGGUACUACUACGUGAUACGCAACAAUCCCAUUUUCGACGAUGUGCCGGCGGGUCAGUUCCCGAUGACAGAGUCCCUGGGAAUGUGUGUGGAUCGCGUGGAACCAGUCUGGAAGGAGAUAAAGCAAGAGGUACUCAACGGCACUAGAGUCUUAAUCUGUGUUCAUGGAACGGUGACACGGGCCCUAGUCAAGCACAUUGAAGGUGUCUCCAAAGAGGCCAUCCAGAAAGUUAACAUUCCCAACAGCAUUCCCCGGGUGUACGAGUUCAACAUGAAGACUGGGGAGCUGGUUGGCGGCCCCAUCAACCUCGGUGACCCGGAGUAUAUCAAGAAAAAGACCGCCCAAGUGGCAGCCAUCGGUGAUUAAGUUAUGCGAGACUUUCAUAUAAA